CUUUAAAGUCCACCGAUGUAGGAGCGUAAAGCAUCUGCAUCUCACUCAAGAAACAUAGAUAAUUGUUGACCACGUUUUGGCAUGAUUUAAUCAAUGAUGCUGGCUAUUUGACAUUGACAGUGUGUAAGAACUUACGUGUGCACUGUUUGCCGUGAAGGUCUAGGGAAGGUUGUUGAAUGAAGAUAACGAUUUAAGGGGAAACUGUUUUUUUUUUACUUCUCGCACCGUUUGACUUUUUAUUGACACUUACAAAGGUGCACGCGCAUAUGGUUAUGCGUGUUGGUAACGAGUUCAAAGAUUUGUUGAGCUCGUCUCAUUGAGAUUUUCUGUUUUCGGUUCAGUCUCACGCCAAACGGAGUGUGUGUUUUUGCUGGAGGUUAGAGGAAAGCUCCUACGUCGGAAAACGGAAUGGUUCCCAGUGGCAGUCAUAUUUUACCCUGCGCUAGACUGCAAUGAAAAUUGGUUCGUCAUCCUUUUUAUGCUUCUGUACUACGUCUUCUGUGCUUUUGUCGGGGUUGCCUUCCUUUGACGACAAAGACGCCAAGUAAACAAUCGUUAUAAAAGUUGGUGUUUAAUGGUCGUGUAGGUCAUAUAACAUAAAAAUCAACACUCUCUCACUAACACACGCACAGACCGUGCGGCCAAUUGGAAAGAGAAUGUGAUGAACAUGGUAGCACUACUACCAGUAGUGACUGUUUGAAGUUGUGGGCCUGUGGGAAUAGGAUUUUUUAGGAAGCUGUCUAGCUUUGGUUCUUACUCAGAGCCUCAGCAGCUUUAAAAGCAGUGAGGAGUUUUCUGACAUGGAUUAAAAAAAUCACUAUAAAUACUCUAAAAACUAUCAAGCACAGUGCUGCUAAAACAUCGAUAGAGCCCCGUAGAGCUGGCCCGAAGAUAUUGGCUGCGGCACAAGCACCGUGUUAUUUUCUCUGUCUCCAAUGCUUUAUGGUGUUUGUUAAAUGGUAUGAAGCGUGCGUACCUUGAGCCAUCAUACGUCCAUAUAUACGUGAGUUUGUUUAUGGGACUUAAGAUGGCGUGGAUGAUGAGCGACGAAUUUGAAAAAGAAAGAAGCGAUCUCGCUUUUAUGAUGAUUAUUUUAUGAUUAUUGCAUUAAUUAUGGGGCUAUGGAAUAAUGACUGGAACGUUUUGUGGUAUGCUGCUGCUAAUGUUAUUUUUUAUCCUUUCUGCUAGGCAUGCAAUAUGUGAGACUAUAAAUUUAUAUUGCACUCCUUUGUUUUACCAUUGGAUUUUAUUGCUGCGAAUGUCGUACGCGUGAUUACAUGCGUCUGAGCGCCACAGGUGCUAGCGCAGAACGGAAGCAUGUGCGAUUGCGGUACAGCAGCAUAAGCAUACAGUGCAUUUUUGUAAAGUCAAACAAUUUCACCUGCAAGGCCAGCGACGAGCAGUCGAUAUUCGGACAUAAAAUAGUUGGCUGCCUGCCUGCUGGCGUAAAUUAGUACGGUGAUCGGACGAAAGAUGUCGCGGCUGCACUCGGCUUGAUGGUGUUGGUGGAAAAGCACGAUGCACUUGACUUGCGUAAAACAUGGUUCUCCCUCUUUCGGAUUUUCACUUACACACAGGCAGCGGCUGUAUCAGUACAUUGCGUAUACGUACACGCAAUAAGGAAUCGUGAGCAGCGAUACGCGAGAGGAAUCGAAAAAGGUUUUUUCUUCCGUUAAACAAUUGUAUGUAAGGUGCCGCGCACGAGAGAGUGCGAGAGGCAGGGAUCGCGCUCUUUCAUUCGAGCGUUGCUGCCACUCGCUUCAUCGCUAGGCGUUCAGGUGUUCCUUCCUUGUCGGAUGGACAAGAAAUGUUUGGAUUGCGCAAGAGCGCCUUUAUUUAUCUCACACAGCAAAAGAAGCGCGUUUGCGGUGUGUUGUGCAAACACGCAAGUUCUAUGAUUUUGUUUUCAGUGUAAAGCUGAACUUCUUCAAGUCAAGACGAAAGUCGGGAAGUCGUAGCGCCACGCACACCAAGCAGACAUUGGCCUUGGGCAUAGUGGGAGUGCGGCCAACGAAACGUUCCGGAUCGACGACGACGACCACGACGACAAUAGCUACGCUGCGGUGGCAAGGGUGGUGGCAAACCGUGUGUGCAUCUGUUAAAGCGGGCGAAAGGUUGUACGGAGGAUCGGUUCGUUUCAGUUUUUUGAGUGAACGUGGUCGUGCAGUUUGAGAGCAGAGCGACAAAGCAGUUUGGUUUUUUGAUACACCCAUGGAGCGGUGGCGGUACUUGAUUAACAUACAUACCGAUGCGUACUGUGAAUGUCAAGAAUUAUUAGCCGUCCUAUGCCAGGCCGGAUCGUACUUCAGUGUGGUGAAUGUUUGAUGCGGUGUUUCCAUUACUGCGGUACCGCGAACUAAACCCAUAAUCAUCAUCAGCGUUUAGCCGCUCACAUUUGGCCGUGCGUCGUCAAAAAGGAAAAGUGUGACCGAUCACGCGGGGAGGUUAUCGGAUUAGAAGCAUAAAUAUGCUUGAUAGAAGCAAGUGUUACAUUGUAAACGAAUACCAAAGAGUUUCGCGUCCAGCUUGAACCAGCCACUGUUAUGUUGAAGUGUUAGCGCAAGCACAAAUUUGCUACAAUAGGUUUUUGGUUAAGUUUUGUGAAUACUAAACGGGCGCAAAUUCUGAUAUGUGUGACACUUUUUAAAGCAAAUGAAUGUUUGCUGAGCGGAAGGUAUUUUGCAGCAUAAUGUAAACUUUCAUGUUGAGUGUGAACAUAUGAUCGAAUUGAUGAAUGCUGCUUUGCUUAAAUGGUGUUGUGUGUAUGGGCUUUGGCAGAAAUGCAAUUGAGCGUUCGCAAUCGUGCUUCUUACCGAGUGCAAUAUAACGUAAAUUAGUACUGGCAGUGAAAUUUUGUACGAAUAGCUUGGCGAAAUAUUUUGUGCUGGUUUCGAUGGUGUCUCGGAAAAUCGUGUGGAAGUCGAUAUAACAUAAAAAAAUACAUCAACACUUAAAAAACCCUAGAACGCAUAUUAGAAACACAAUUGCCGUGUAGUGUGUGUGUGUGUUAUCUUGUGCAACGGUAUAGUGCAAAGUCACGUUUUUAUCCGGUUCCAUUAAUUAAUUUUUUUUGGUCAUACCGUUUUGUAAAAACCGCAAAAAUUACGAUCACACUGCUGAACCACCACCAUCCUCACCACACCUCUGACCUGGCGUGCGCAAUAUACCACGAUCCCCACGAUGUCACGGCAGGGUCGCACGCUGCUGCCGGGGCCUGGUGGGGGCAGCAUUCCCAUCCGAUGCACACGGUCGGAGCGGCUAUGUAUGGCGAGGAUACGACAGGCCAAACUGGUGUCGGUAGCCGUAGCCCUCCUGCCUCCAUGCACAACUCCGCCAGCCACUCGAGCGCUGCCAAUCAUAUCGUGCAACAACAGCAGCAGCAACAGCAACAGCAGCAGCAGCAACAGCAACAACAGCAAGUGGCUGCAGCUGCAGCAGCAGCAGCGGCGGCGGCAGCUCAACAACAGCAAGUGCAGCCCCAAUCGGCUGUGCCACCGCAAACACAGAACACUGCUUCGUCGAACGCAUCUCAGCAGCAGAGCAGUGCCGGAUCUGUCGUAUCGCCAGCAACGCAAAUCGUUCCUCCUUCCGCAGCUAGUGAAUCCCCGGGAAGCGUAAGCUCCCAACCAUCAGCAAAACGUCCUGCGUUUGAUCCGGAUUCUCGGCUUAGGCACUCGUAUCCAUGGGGAAACGAGGCGGCGGCUGAUUACGCAUACCACGCACAGUAUCCAACAUAUGCACUGGCGACUGAUAUAAAACCAAUGUAUUACCCAAGCUACCCAACCGAUGCCAAUUUUCAACCCCAUCCGUAUUAUCCGAAAUAUGAGCCGGACGCUUACAUAGCAGCCUCAACGGAACGAUCACGAGGGGUUACGGGGGAUCCACCUUCCUUGCAGUCUAGCUAUGAAUCAUACAACUCGACUGGGUUGCGAUCCUAUUCCAGCGAAACAUAUCCUAAUCCUGGUUCCAGUUUAUCGGUUGGCGUUAGCGGUGUAGGGUCAUGUACACCUUCCAACCCACUUGAAUGGACAGGAAACGUAACUGUGAGAAAGAAACGAAAGCCAUACUCGAAGUUCCAGACGUUGGAAUUAGAAAAAGAGUUCCUGUUCAACGCGUAUGUUUCAAAGCAGAAGCGAUGGGAACUGGCUCGCAAUCUAAACCUUACCGAAAGACAGGUCAAAAUAUGGUUCCAAAAUCGCCGAAUGAAGAACAAGAAAAACAGUCAGCGUCAAUCAGCGCAAGCAAAUAGUGGUAGUAGCAACAACAGUUCCAGUCACAGCCAUUCCCAGCCGCCGGCUCAUCACAAUCCUCAUCACAUAAGUCUUGGUCUGGGAAUGUCAACGCUACAUGGCUCUAAAAUGCAUCAGUGACCUUUAGAGCAACAAGCACACCAAUCGGAAUCACAGUCACAGCUCAGUCAACAACAAUCUCAACAGACGCUUCUUCAAUCGCAACUGCAGCACCUCCCUCAUGGGACACCUUUGCAACAGGAACAAACGCAGCAACAGAUAUGUCAAGCGCAACCACUGCAGCUUCAUCCAUUGCAUUCGCAUCUGAUGCAUCAAACCGCCACUCAUCAACCCAACGGGGAGCAGAUGAAGCAGGAGCUGUGCGAUGCACCUACCGCAACGAUGUGCAGCCUCUUUCCGCGUCCACAUCUGGUAAACUACCCUCACCAACAUUGAUUUGAACGGAUUCGAGACGCUACAAAUGACUGUCCGUGCGCGAUGAAUUAAUGAGCCAUGAUGGCUAAGCUAAUACGUAAAUGAAGCGAGUUUUGAAUAAACAUAAUAAUAAACAGAAACAAAACAAAUGUAUCGGAGAGUCGCCGCCAAUUCUCAGAAAAUGCAAGGUCUUGCAUGCAAAAGCUCUGCGAACCACGUAAAGGCAUCCACCGAACACAGUUUGUUUAUAAUUUAUGCGGUAGUGGUAGGAGCGUUUGUGAAGAAUAUUCUGGAGACUGUGGGGGACGCUUUUGGAACAGUUGUACAUAGUAAUUACUUAUAAGCUAUCCAACCAGUGAGAAAAGUCCAAAAUGUGAGACCGUGCGUGGGUGAUUUAAGUUAAGGAUUAAGGGAUUAAUGCCUAUUUUCAAUUAAUUAUUAAUUGUAGUACGAGGUUAUUGUGCAGGAAAACAGACAGCAUCAUUGGUUUAGUAGAAUAAAUCCAGCGUUCUGCUUUGUGGAAAGACAAGGCUGCGGAAAAGGGGCCCGUUUGCUCGUGUUAGAGCAAUGUAGUAAAUGAGAAAUGUAGAAGAUACAGGUAGCUCAUAACAUAACAUAAAUAUUUAAAAUCAAACUUUUCAUUUAAAGUUACUUAAGGUGCAUGCAGCUGACGGACAUGCUGGUAAAGGGGGGAUGAUAGUUGCAGUGUUCGGUAUAAGUUCAUCUUAAUAAUAACUUAACUUAAAUAUUACCCAUAAGAUUUGGAGGAGGUGCAAUGAAAGGAAAAGAAAAGAACUUAUACAUGAAGUAACGAGCAUUAGUAAUAUUUUGACAGUAUUUCAACCUCUCUCUCUACCGAAAUAAAAUUCACUCAGAAAAAGCAUGUUAUUUUCGCUCUUUACUGAAGAACCGAAAAUAAAAUGAUGAAGGACAUCGAGAACAAGCAAAGUGCCGCUUAGCACGUUUCGAUGGGCAAAAUAUUCUGUCCAGCAUGUGAGUUUGGAAAAAUUAAAACCAGUCAGCUUGAAGAUUUUUAAGAUCAGUAUCAAACAGAUAUUGUAUCGAAAAGGAAGCAAACAGAUUGCAACCAAAACACAAAAACACAAUGAGACAAUGAAACAGUGGAGGGAAACGCGACUGAAAUGCAUGUGAUUAGUACUAUUAUUACAUGUGGUUAUUAUUACUAUUAUGAUUAUGAACAUUGAUAAGUAUUGGCUAUCUAUCUAAACACUCUUGUGUUACUCAUAACACAGUGAGCUUAUGUAUGUUGCCUCUGUUAUGUUUCGUCUUCUAUCAAGUACUGCCUUUGUUGGUUUAAAUAUUAAUUGUUUUUUUAGCAUUUCUUUCGUUAGUUCAUCCAUGAUUUGCUGAGAAGCUGUAUGUCAAAAUAAAUGAUAAUGAUUCAUAGUUAGAAACUCUGAUAAUUGGUAAUUUUCGUUCGAAAAGGAUGCAAUCGUGUCCUUGGAAUGCAUGGUGUAAAUUGUUUGUGUUGUGGGCUAUUUGAAAAGUCACUGAAUGUUUUUGAAGGACUUGCAGUGGACACUGGUUUAAAGUUUAAUAAAUUCGAUUCUCAGGCAUAUGAAUUUUCAGUGGUUGUUUUAUAAUCAAUGCUUGUAGCAUGUCUUACCAAUAACUGUGUAGUAUUAGGUUAUUUUUUAGCCUUAUAUUUGAUUCAAACUAUUCGUAUUCAUCAUUUUCUGUUACGUUCUAGUUGUGCAGUGUCGUGCGUUCUACGCACGAUUACGCACACGUGAUAACAGUUUUAAAAGAGCAAACGCUUAGCACGGCCCCUUGUAUACUACGGCAUUCAUAAGUUAAGUUUGUACGGGAGUUUUAAUAGUAUGUGGUAUAAUCUUGCUUAUUUAAGAUUCAAUAGAAUUUCUAAAGGUUUAUUUUGACAGCGCAGUGAAUGGGUGAAACUGGUUGUAAUGAUCAAAAGAUAGAAUUGUCGCAAUCUGGAUCAACUUUGGGCCAACAGUGCUUGUUUUUUUUUUGUUCUGCAAACACUUCACUGUUAUAAAGUGAAAAGUUUUUAAAUCUGUUUUAAACCCUUCUGGAAAUUAAAGACAAAACCUGGUGCGCGUUCGUCAGUAAAGCAACGUUUUCAAAAUAAUGUACAGUACAGGCAGUAGGCACAAAUGAAGCCAAAUAAUCCUAAGAAAUGGAGAGCAAACAAUGAUACAGAAUCAUUAGUGUGCUUAAGAGCGCAGGUCUGCAAGGAGAAGUAAAAAAUAGUUAUAAUCUUAAUUUAUGGAAAUGAAUUUUAGAGAGUGUAAUGAACAUGUCCGUUUAAAAAUCUCAACAACAUUACUUGAAAAUGAAAGUAGGUUGUGUGUGUGUAAAUCGAAGUUCUUGUCUCGUUCAAAGUGAGUGAUUUAAAAUAUGAUGUAAACUAUUUGAGAAAAGAAUCGACAAACUAUUUCCUUCAAUUGUAGGAUAUGCACUCCGAAAACGUUUUGUUACAGGCCUGAAGUGUGCAGAUAGGAUGUAAAAAACCUCUCAACGAAUUUCUUUAAUCUUGUCCAUUUAUCAUGCAUAUGAGACCAAACAGUGGCUUGAAUAUACUGUAAUUAAUUUGACAGCUGUCUCUGUAUCAUUUGACGCAUUUUGUAAUGAUUUGUUUCCGUUUUACCCUUACACUUUUACAGUUACACUCUUUUCAUGGAUAACAUUGUGUACCAAUGCGCAAGAUCGCCGUUGCGAAGGAUUACUAGAAUGAGUUUGGGAGAGUAUAUGAUAUCAAAAGGAAGAUAAAGGUGAAAAUAUAGGAUACCAAUAUAAAUGCUCCGCAAAUCGUGGCAAACAAUGUAGGAUUAUAGCGCGCCAGGGGUCUAUGUUUCAUCCACAAUAUUUUGACCAGAACCACAAUGGCAACAUGUUUGUCAAAUAUUUCCGAAUAUCAAAUAUCUAUCUGCAACGUUGAUUAAAAAGAUGUGAAAGGUAUGUGCUUGGAAUCGAUGUUUUCAACUAUGACAACUAUGGCACUGUAAAUGAUAAGUGUAGGCUGACAGGAUCCGGUUGAUCGGGUCAGGGUUGAUAAGAUCCUUCCACACUCGUUUUAACAAUUGUAAUUAGGAUUAGAAUUAGUACAAUCCUUUCAAAAUAAAAGUAAAAAUAUAUUGAAUGAAAGUACA